AAAGAAACAAAAGCUGACCUGUUUCACUUCAGUCUAUUUCGUUUUCUCACUCAUGGCUGAAAGUGCGAAAGCUUCCUCAUGGGUCUCUCCCAGCUCCACUCUAUCGUGCACUCUGCCACCCGCAAGAAACACUUCCGCGAUUCAUCUUUGAUACUUUCACCGACUCUUUCCAUCGAAACUGGGGUCGAACGACAUGCAUCGAUCUGUUCUUGGCAAUUCUUGGCAAUUGGCGAUUUUUGGCGCCUUUUUUUUUUUUUUUUUUUUUUUUUUGCUUUGGUUUGGAACCUUCUCCCUGCUCCUGUCUGUCGCCUCUCCACCCUCCCCGCUCGCAUGCCGCUGCAAUGCAAAUGAUCCCCUUGCCCCUGCACCAUUGAGCCGCUGCGCAUUGAAGCCCCGAACCAGCGGCGAACGAGCGCAUGGCUUUUUUUUUUAUCUUUUUUUUUUAUUAUCUUUUUCUUUUCUUUGUCUUCUUUUUUCAUUUUUAUUUUCUCAACCGGCUCCUGUCGUUUCAGCGCCCCUCCGUCUACAACGUUGAGUGAUACUAUGAGCGCGAAUAGAGAAGUAUGGUGGCAUGGCCGGCUCGCACCCGUCGCUUCAGACUGUCGUGUUGGCUGUUCCUGGUCCUUGUUUUUUUUUUUUUUUUUUCCCUUUCUUCCUUUCUGCUUCUCCCUUCUCCCGCUCUCCCCGCCUGCCGUCCCUCAGUUCCUCGUGACACGCCCUUGGUGUAAUUCAGUGAACAAAGACUAAAGCAUCGACUUUGACUUGAUGGCGGCAAGGACGGGAGGUACUGACCAGUUGUUUCACUUUUUUUGUUCCCUUGUGUUUGGACAGGCCCCGAAUCCAGCUCCAGCAACAUUCAGUGAACAGCUGAGCGCGUUGGCCGCAUGUCUUGGCGUCUCAGUCGAUUUGGUGCCAAUUUCAGAACUUACCACCCAACCUGCCCAACGCGCCAAGCUCAAGCAGCUUUUAGAUGGUCAACAAGCCGGCGCUGCCUCUCCAACUGACGAGCAGAAAACCGAUGCCGCAGCUGCACUCCGGCAGUUGGAAUUAACUUUCUGUGCCAAGCUGGUGGGCCGCAAUUGGUUCGGAGCAGACUUGCUUGAGGCGCUGAAUGACGAGCUUGGCUCCAAGUUAGUUACCGACCAGCAAGUCGAACAGCUGCGACGGCAGCUUGCUGCAACGAACAUCACUGAGCUCAUCACCUCGCCUGAUGAUCUUGCGACCCUUCUCGCGACUCUUCCCGGAGCUGAGGCACGAGUACCUGAUCCACAACUCACGAUCACGCGGGCACGCCACUCCAUCGACAGUUUGCUCGAUCGGUCGGAAGCAGAAGCAUCCAUUACCGCAGCUCUGGAACGCUUCAUCGAGACUGUCCGCGUGUGCAGUGCUGAACGCUCGAGGUAUCCAAUCGCACUUCUUGCGGCGCUUCCCGGCUGUGGGAAGACCCGUAUGUGCUUGGAGGUGAUGGAUCGGAUCGUCCCAGAAUUCUGCUCGCAACGUCACAUCCCAUCCCUGUGCCUAUUCUUGACCUUCAAUUCCGAUGCCGCGAGCACAUGGAGGAGCUACGAGGAGUCCGCACGUCACCCUCAGCAUGCCAUUGCAAGGCGUUUGCUUCAGAGCUAUUAUGGUGGGGCAGAAAUUACCACCAACCGCGACAUUUCUGUGAACGCUGCCUUGAGCCUCAUCCGCCGGACAGAGGCCGGACGACAACAGGUUCUUGAGCAACGUUUGCACAUCUUUAUUGCAAUGGACGAGGCGACUCGUCUCCUUGGAGCGCAUGUUGCGCCACAAUUCCAAGAACCCGAUCACGCGGGGUUGUCCCUUGGACAAGCGAACCGUCGCUUCUGGAAACAAGCGUUGAUUGAUCUACAAGUUGCAUGCCGAUCGUUCACAACUCCAACGUGGAUGCUCGUUGCUGGCACGAUGUCGAGUGCUCUGAAGCAAGCGGUAACGAAUUCAAGGUUUUUUGUGCUGCCGGUACCGCUUUCGCCGCUCCGUGCUGUCUAUGCAGCACGGCUUCUGGACAUUGCCGAUCCGAAGGCCCCGGAGUCCCGCCUCCUACCAUGGCGUGUCAACUCGAAGCUGAUGGCUCGAAUCGACCAGGCUGCUGGGCUACCUCGUACACUGUUGAACAUUAUUGACCCGAAAACAUAUCUGGAUACCGGGAGCAGCGUCUCCAUCGAUGACGCAACACUUGAGAGGGUUGUCCGAGAUGGUGUCAAAGGGUCAAUCAUGCAGUCUGAUUGCGAUUUCCUCGAGUCUCAAGCGUUGCUGGUUUACCGCGAACAAGCCCCAGUAUUCCAUCCGAACAUAUCUCGGGUGGUGCGACCAACCACAGCCCCAGCAAACUUGGUGAUGGCAGCAACGAUGUCGACUCUUCACAAGCUCCAAGGGCCGGAUCCAAACAAGGCGCUACAAGUUGUUGACCUCUGGCAAUCGUGGGAAGCAUUUUGUGCCAUCAUCACAAAUCUGCGAAUUCUGUCGGCAAUUGCAGCACACCCCAACUCUGAGUACGUGCAAGUAACCAAUCUGUUUCCAGGCAGCACCAGCUCGCGGUUGCCAGAGUUUUUCGUUAACGCUUCUGCAUGGAGGGACUAUUCGGAGGACAACCCGGAUCGGCGCAAUCAACCUGUUGAUGGCCGGGUCUGCUUGACUCCUGCAGGAUACACCGGUGUCGACAGUUGGUGCACAGUCUAUGUGAAGGAUAACAAUGGCGAGUAUACGCCAGCCACGCUGGCGCUGCAAGCCAAACUCGACCAAGUGGAGGACUGCGUGCCUCUUUCAACACAGAUCGAAUAUAUCGAAAAAGCGCAGCGCAAUUGCCCAUCGUCGACUACCAUUGUGGCGCUGUUGACAACCGCUCGGAUGGACAAAUUCGAUCCUUCGGAUGUUCCUCCAAAUGCGCUCAUUCUGCCUCGGCAGGGAUAUAAGGAGUUCGUGGCGUGCUUUGAACUUAUUGCGGAUAACGUAUGGGCGUACAACCCGCACUUGAGCUCGAUUCCGCGUCUCGCAAGUCAAUUCUACGGCAAAAGGACGACACUUGCCCAAGCUCGGGCGAUCGCUGAGGUGGUGAAUGCGUCCCAGUCAUUGGAUCCCAAGAAGCAGUUUCGAACAAUCCGAGAUCUGCGCACGUACUUAGAGGAGCAUGCAAGGGUCCCCAACUCGGGCUUCACAAUCCAAUCGAUUCCGACAAACGCUGUGCUUGGCUGGCCGUACGCGGACGACCUUGUCAUGGAAAACCGCUCGAAUACGCGUUGAGUAUUGCCUCUUUCCACCAUGGCUGUUGUCCUUGCUUCAUAUUUGUUUCCUUCCUCCAAAGCAGCUCGUGGAUGACCCAGCUUGGUUGCUCGUGCAUCGUCGUUCCGUGGCACGGGUCGCUUGGGACCCAACACCGUUGAAAGGCGCGAAUGAUUGUUGUUUGUCUUGUUUGGAUGUUAUCCCAACACACAUUUUUUUCACCGUCU